UCUAUCCUGCAUUUACCCUUCCUAACAAGCUUUCUCGUUCCAUUAGUAUCUGGAUUACCAAGGAGGCAGAAAUUGCAACAAUUUGACAUGACUUUGCAAAAUAAUCAGGGGAGUAUUUUGAGCAAUACCAGUGGAAGUACAUUAGGUGUGCAAUGUGUGAUCCAUAGUGAGAACCUGAUCCUUUACUGUAAUGAAUGUGAGGAUUGUGUAUGUCCUCGCUGCUUGGUGGGCAACAGGCACAAAACACACACAUUCUCACCAUUCGAGGAGGCUUGCAAGGAACAAAAAUUUCAGAUUAGGAAGAAAGUGAAGGAUUUGAAGAAGAUUCAUGACCAAAUCAAGAAGGAGAUGGUCAAGAUUCCUCUGACUUUAAAUGACAUUGAAAUCAUCAUCUCAAAAACAAAAGAGUCUGUUGAAGAGAAAUACAAUAUACUUAAGAAGCUUCUGGACAAUGAUAUGAGAGUAACAAUGAGUUUGAUUGAAGCAGAACGCUUGUCAAUGGAGACCAUUAUUACAGAACAACAGGUGGACAAGGAGGCGUACAGCGAUGCCAUAAUAUCCUUAAUGGAAAGAUUCAAUGAUAUUAGUGAGAACCCAGAACCUGAAACUGUACAGGAACUACAGGAAGUCAUGAGUUGGAAGGCACGCCUGGAAGCUUUUGAAGAUUUGCAAAGAUCAAUUGGUAAAGAAAUGCCAGCAGAGAAUGGGAGACUGAAAUCACUGGUGCGUUCUGUCGAGGAGCUGCAACAGGCUGUGAAGAAACUGCUCCCACGAAUGUGGCAAUAUUCAAGAAAUAUAACUUUUGCUGAGAACACAGCUCACAGGAAUCUGUCUUUGUCAAGUGACUUGCGUUCUGUGCAAUACAAUCCCAUACCCACUAGUGUCCAAGAUAAUUCUGCGCGGUUUGAGUAUUCAUUCAAUGUUCUGGCAAAUGAAAGCUUCUCAUCAGGCAAACACUACUGGGAGGUCAAAGUGAGGAACAAGGAUGGGUGGAACAUCGGUGUUACAUACUGCUCCAUUUCCAGGAAAGGGAAAGGUAAAGAAACCGUUCUGGGAAAGAACAAAUAUUCCUGGUCCAUCCAGAUGGUUGACAAGGAGUACUAUGCUGUUCAUGCUGAUGAAUCCAUUUUACUUGAUCUGAACAGCAGGGACCACAAGUGUGAACGAUUGGGAAUAUUUGUAGAUUAUGAAGAAGGACGCUUGUCUUUCUACAAUGUCAACCGAGGGACUCAUAUUCACUCCUUUAAAACAAAAUUCCGCAAACCAAUAUUUCCUGCAUUUAAUCCUGUCUCAACCAUAAAUUCAAAAAAUUAUGAACCAAUUGUGUUGUGCCACUUAGUCCCCACACUGGAAGAGAUUGCUGACGGCAACAAUACCGAAAUACAAGAUGAAAAGCUAUAAAGCAUCCUUGGUGUAGCCAUGGACGCAUCACUUGGGGUGGGGGCUAUAUUACAUUCUAAAGUUUAAUUUACUGUGUGUUUGAG